UUGGGGCGGCAGCGGCGGGAGCUACCGAGAGCGAGGAGCCUGGAAGUAAGGCGAGGGUGAGGACGCCGCUGGCGGGCCGACCUGGCCCACUCUGCGCUGCUUCCGCGGGUGAUCGAGCCGGACGACCUGGAGAGGGCUACAGCACCCGCGCUAACAUGCACAGCGCUCGGCUUGACAGCUUCCUGAGCCAGCUCCGCUGGGAACUGCUGUGUGGUCGGGACACAGGCUCACCUCCAGUGCCCGGCCCAUUGCAACCAAAACCCAAGACUGAUCCAAGUGUACAGCCCAACCGCCAGUUCAGGGCCUCAGAUGCUCUGGAAGAGGACUCCGUCUGCUGUGUGGAAGAGGAGGAGGAAGAGGAAGCCUUGGUAGCUGAAGACAGGGGUGUGCCCUUGGGAUGUCCUAGGGAGCAUGCCCUAGACUGGGACUCUGGCUUUUCAGAGGUGUCAGGCAGCACGUGGCGCGAGGAAGAGCUGUGUGUACCCCGGCGUCAAGCACCCUCAGGACGGCCCCCUCAGAGCCAGCGUGUCUCAGUCAGUGACCUCCCCCUGCGCAGCAGGGCAGCUGUAACUGGCAUAACGCCUGCCCAGCGUCCGAGGCCCAAGUCCACUCCAGAUGCUUGCCUGGAACACUGGCAGGGAUUGGAAGCAGAGGACUGGACGGCAGCCCUGCUGAACAGGGGCCGUAGUAGGCAGCCCCUGGUGCUAGGGGAUAACUGUUUUGCUGAUUUGGUUCACAACUGGAUGGAGCUGCCUGAGGCAGCCAGUGAGGGGAGUGAUGGAGGUGUACCCCGAGCCCGUGCUCGACCCCCUCAGUUCCUGCUUGGCCUCUCUGAGCAGCUUCGGCGUCGGCUGGCCAGGGCUCGCCGGGCAGCUAUGGCAGGAAAGCGACUGUCAUGCCCACCGCGUCCGGAGCCUGACCUGCCCGCGGACAUCUCACGAUAUGCAGCCCUCACGAACUGUCGCAGCCGCCAGCCUAUCAUCUAUAAUGAUGUCAGCUACCUCUGACCCUGCCCUCCAGCCAGGGACAAUAAAGGCCUUUUUCUAGAA